AUGGGACUGCCCUUUGGUAACUUACUGGUGGAACUGGAGGUGGACCUACUGCUCGCUGUCCUACUACUGGUUGUGUUACUGCAUGCAACGCCCAAUCUUUUCUUCUGCGGCAUUGGUGUCGUCACUCCCCUGUGGGGUGGUGUCACCGCCGCCCUCCUGAUCCAGAAGGUUCUGCUCUUGCCACACUGGGGGGAUAAAACCAAACGCAACACUCCAGUGGGUGCUACAACCACAGCCCCCCAGCAGACCACAGCUCCACCAGCCUCAGCUCAAAGGCAUCGAGCUGCUCCACCAGCCGCAGCCCCCCAGGAGCCAGCAGCUCCAGCAGCUGCAGCCACCCAGCAGACCACAGCUCCACCAGCCUCAGCUCGAAGGCAUCGAGCUGCUACACCAGCCACAGCCCCCCAGGAGCCAGAGGCUCCACCUGCCGCAGCCACCCAGCAGCCAGCAGCUCCACUGGCCGCAACUUCAGCAGCAUUUCAAUACAAACAAGCUGUUGCUGAGAAAUAUGUACAGGAUGCUUGGGCGGGGAGGGAUGCCCAUGUCCUGCUCUCAAAAAUAGGGGCCUAUAAAUUAUUUUAUUGGGACAUUAAGAGGACUGGUCCCAACAUGGAGUUGGAAAGUGAGUCAAUCAAUGCACAUCUGGCGGUAUUGGUGCAUAACAAUAAUCGUCAAAACACAGCAAAGGCAGCAUUUAUAGACUCAUUUGCUAUGACUUCCAUCUGGAACAGGGGGACUCCAAGACUCAAGGUCAUUUACCCAGGAUCCAAGAAGUUAAUAUUCUUGGAUCCCCUGGGGGAGUCCAAAAAAGACCUCCAAAGAUGUUUGGAAACAACAAGGGCAUUCAUGUGAAAAAAAGGCAUGCAGUAUCUCAAGGUGGAGAUGUGAGACAGUCCAGCAUCCCAAACAGUCCGACUCCACCUCUUGGUGUAUUUGCCCUGAAAGUACAUUAUUAACCAGACGAGUGUCCUCCCUCUCAUAUCAAUGUAUAAUACCACUGAUGUCCAGUUACAAAUGUUAGACAAAAAAUAGUUUUUAAGACAAACAAUGACUUAAACAAAAAUGUUGUUCACUGACAACUGAUUUGUCUCUGUAAGGCUUUAUACAGGCUCUUUGUUACUAACAGGUUGUAACUUGGAACCUCUAUAAAGUAAAUGUUGUUUUAGUUUGCAGAGCUACUCUUAAAAAGACAAGAAGUAGAUUUUCAUGCAAAUUUACUUAACCUGCAAAAUGUUAACCGAUACAGGCUGCAAAUCGCCAUCACUCUCUUCCUAGACAGUGGUAAGUAUUAUGCUUUUAUGGGAUGUGUUGUUAAAUGAACACAGUUGCUGUCAAAAUACAAUAUGCACUUGUCAGAAUCAUUCUUAAUUUAACUAUAAAUUACAACAUGUGGAUACAUGACGAAAAUAAGCAGGCUUGCUGUUUUUCUAUGUUUUUCCUUUCAACAGAUGACCUGACAGACAUGUCACUUUUGUGGGGAGGUGGAGCAUGAGUCGGACUGUAAUUGGGUAACAAAAUCAAUAACCGUAAAA